AUGAACUACUCCGCGAUAAAAUAUAUUCUGAUGGUAAUACCCAUCAUCGUUUUGCUUCUUACGGAUUACUGUGAAUCCAAGCCCUGGUGGCCCGCGAACGCAGAUGGCUAUGACGCCAGUCUGGAUCCCGUGGCCUGGUCGAGACCCUUUGCCCCGGAUCAAAUUAGGAAAACCCGCUAUAAUGUUAUUCCAGAACCCAGGAGCAAACAUCGCCACCGGCAAUCCUCAACGCUCUGGUACCAAAAACCAGUGACUACGUAUCCCAAGCACUUUGUCAAUGCAAAAUACUACAAGAAAUUCCUAAGAAGACGCCAAAAUCUGGCAACACGUGAGAGAUACGCACGCUGGAGGCAAUAG